AUGAAGUGCCCUUCCAUUGGCGUGAAAGGAGCCGUGGCUGCUGGGAUCUGUGCUGCGGCCCUGAUUUCUGCCUGCAUCGCUCUCACUGUGCACCUGACAGUCAACAGGGACUCCCCUCCAGAAUUUGCACCCAAGCCAGCCUUCAGCACUGGCGGAGACAUGUUGAAUUAUCUGCUAAACCUGAGGAGAAUAGACCGAAAGGAUGGAUUAUUGGUCAGCUGGUACCAUGCUGCAAACAAGAAGAACGAGAUGGAACAAGCCUUAAAGAGUGAUGUUAUGGUCCUAGAAGCAGAUGUCACUACUGAAGGAUACAACACACCCAACAGAACAGACAAACCCAUCAUGGCCCAUCCACCUGACAUCUACAGUGAUAACUCUCUACAGGAAUGGCUGGAGGCCGUGCUGAGUUCAUCCAACAAAGCUAUCAAGCUAGAUUUCAAAACCAUCAAGGCUGUUGGCCCAUCCCUGGAUAUCUUAGCCAAAAAAUCCUCUCAAGUGGCUAUUGACAGGCCUGUGUGGAUAAAUGCUGAUAUUUUGAAAGGUCCCAACGUUCCUAUCAACACCGCAGUCAAUGCAAGCCUAUUCCUCUCCCUCAUCCAGGAGAAGUUCCCAAACUGUACUCUCUCUCCCGGUUGGACGGCUCUUUAUUUCCCCCUCUUCCCAAACAAGACCUACACCCAGAAAAUGGUUGAGGAAAUGCACAGCCUUGUGGGAACGCUGCCUCAGCAAAUCACCUUCCCCAUAAGAGCUGUCCUGGCAAGGCCAGCCUGGCCUCAUUUGAGAUGGCUUCUGACUCAGUCUAAUAGAUACAGUCUGACUUUAUGGCAAGGAAAGACUGACCCAGUUACUGUAGAAGAUCUUCUGUUUAUCCGAGAGAAUAGCCAUCCUGAACAAAUCUUUUAUGACAUUUAUGAUCCUGUUUUAUCUCAGUUCAAAGAGAGGGCACGUGAGUAUUAA